GCUUGGCCAGCUGAAAAUGUGGCGCUUGUUGCCUACUAGUCGCUGAUACUAACGAUCAGUUGGCCGCCUGUGUUUGUUUGCCUCAGACUCAUUUCGAAUUCACACUAGCAGUGCUGUGUACGCGCGCCGGUACUCGAUUCUCUGAUCUAUGGUACUCUAAUACCAAACGUGGCCAUUUAUACUAUAUAUUUGCUAUGCCUAGUGUCUCACCGCCUACCGCCUACAAAUUGGCCGUAUAUUUGUUGAAAAAUUAAAAAUCGUAAAAGCAGUAGCCGUUGAGCUCCCCUCGGCGCAUGAUCGCCGCGAUAUUCAAUUACUGAUACGCCACGGUGGGGAGACUAACUGCAAACCGCUAUGUUUGAGGUAAAAAUAUAAAUAUUUACAUACAUAUAUAUAUAUAUACAGUACAUAUGUAUGUGUGUGUAAGGUACAACAAUAACCGUCGCCACUCAGUCAUCACCGCGGAUCGUGUCCGGCGUUAAUUUCUGCCUAAGAUUACCUCACAGCACAAUUGCAAUUGGAACGUGCGGCGCUGUGGUGCGGCACGCAGGGGUGCAUUUCACGGUUCGCGUAGUUAGAAUUUACCGAUUCCGACGAUUGUGUAUGCUUACGGUGGUGUGCCUAAUUUGUUUGUUAUUGUGUUUUUCCUUUGAAUAUUUUUUUUUUUUGCGUUGCUACAGUGUUGUGAUAUAAAUAGCAUAAUGUGGAAAUAUUAAAAAAUAAUAUCAGUGAAUUAAAAAAUAAAUCUAGUGUGUGACUGGGAUACAAUUCAUAAAACUGCGUCUCUCUACAAAAUCUACUUUACUGUUGUGUGCGUAAAUGUAGCAGCUGCUUACACAAGCUCUGCAACGUGUACUUACUUGCCUGGCCACCGCUGUACACAGCAGCCAGCCCACCUGACAGUCGCAAACACUUGUGUAAACACACUUGCAUGCGCCCGCUGCAGUCUCGCUUUGCGUUCGUUCGCCAUCGCCACCACCGUUAUCAAUGCGCGCUUCAGUGCUGUCAAUUAAAAAAACGCCAUACAAAUUUGUCGUCACCGCAAUGCCAAACGCUUUUAAGUGCUACAACAACAACAAUAUUAUUCAUAAUAAAAAUUGUUUAUAGAAAGUAAACGAAAAAGCUGAGAAGAAGCGCGCAAAUACAAAUUCCCCGCUCCGCUCAAGCAAGUGCGCCUUUUUUUAUGUAAAUACAAAAUACAUACUUACAUAUGAGUUUGUAUGUGAGUUUGCUUGUGCUUUUGUAAAUUAAUUUUAAGUGCAUAAUUUGUUUUCUUGCGUUGUUGUGUGUGUUUUUCUAUUUUUGUUGUUGAAAAUGCAUACCCGCAUACGUGCACCGUCUUUGCCGCAACUUUGCUCUGCGCAUACACCACCCUCCACACCUUGCACGCCGCCCAUCUAUGGCAGCGUUGGCAACUUCGCCAACUUUGGCAACUCAUGCACAGCGCUGCAUUCGCCGUUCUCAGCGUCGUCGCUCUCGCUAUCGCCUAAAUUCCCAGCGAAUUAUGUCAGAAGCGAAAAGAUAAAGCUCAAAAAAGUGCUCGGCCUCACAGUUUGCAGCAAUGCCGCCUUGGAUGUUUCGCCCGUUAGCGGUCUCUUGGCCUAUCCAGCAGGCUGCACUGUGGUACUGUUCAAUGCGAAGCGUCAAACACAGGCCUACCUGGUCAACACAUCCCGCAAACCAUUCACAUCGGUCGCAUUCUCACGCUGCGGCCGUUAUGUCGCCACCGGCGAGUGUGGCAUUAAUCCCGCCAUAAAAGUUUGGGAGCUAGACUCGCCGAAUGGCAAUCUCGAGCACACCACCGGCGGUAAUGUGGUGGCGGAGUUCUUCGAUCACAAAUAUGCCGUCACAUGUGUGGCCUUCUCACCCACCGGCAAGUACCUGGUAUCGAUCGGUUCACAACACGAUAUGAUUGUGAAUGUAUUCGACUGGCGUUCGAAUCAAAAGAUGGCCUCAAAUAAAAUCAGCUCCAAAGUGUCGGCGCUCAGCUUUGCCGAGGAUGGCAGCUAUUUUGUCACAGUGGGCAAUCGUCAUGUCAAAUACUGGUAUAUGGAGGGUGGACGCAGGUACAAGGAUCCUAUACCGUUGAUGGGUCGCAGUGCCAUAUUGGGUGAUUUGCGUGACAAUGACUUUUGUGCGGUCGCCUGCGGCAAGGAUGAGACUAAGGAUCGCACAUAUGCCAUUACCCGACAGGGUCAUUUGGUUGAGUUCAGUUCACGUCGUUUGUUGGACAAGUGGGUGCAAUGUCGUACGACGAGCGCUAAUUGUCUAACGGUGAAUGCUCGUUUUAUACUUGUCGGUUGUGCCGAAGCCAUUAUACGCAUUUUUAAUGCCGCUACAUUGGAAUAUGUGACGACAUUGCCGCGUACACAUUAUCUGGGUGUGGAUGUGGCGCAGGGUAUACAUAUCAAUCACAUCAUGACUGUACCAUCGCAUGCCAAAUAUCCGGAUUGUGUGGCAAUGGUUUAUGAUGAGCAACGAGCGAAGGUCAGUUGCGUGUACAAUGAUCAUUCGCUCUACAUUUGGGAUAUGCGGGAUAUAAAACGUGUGGGCAAAUCGCACUCUUUUCUCUAUCAUUCCACCUGCAUUUGGGGCGUGGAAACUGUGCCAUACAAUAUGGAGCGCGAAUUGUCGGAUACACUGCCCGAAGAGUCGUUUGUCACGUGCUCCUCGGAUGAUACGAUUCGCGUGUGGGGUCUUGAUGGCUGCACAAACACGGAAAAUUAUCGUAAAAAUAUCUACUCCAAGGAACUGUUAAAAAUUAUGUACAUCGACGAAGAAAUGAAUUUUAUCAAGGAUCAAGAUCUUUCGGGCGAUAAAAACUCCAAUACCGCCUAUGAUGGUCGCAAUGGUGUGCGCUGCAUACGAAUUAGUCCGGAGUUGCAGCAUUUGGCCAGCGGCGAUCGUUGUGGCAACAUAAGAAUCUAUAAUUUGGCGAAUACAAAGCUAAUCAUGACAAUUGAGGCACACGAAUCGGAAGUGCUGUGUCUCGAGUAUUCGAAUGAGAAGAUCGAACGGAAGUUGUUGGCGAGCGCGAGUCGCGAUCGUCUAAUACACGUAUUCGAUGUGUCACAAGAUUACUUGCUGUUGCAGACAUUGGACGAUCACUCGUCUUCCAUAACAUCGAUUAGAUUUGUGGGUUCCGGACUUAAUUUCCAGAUGAUUUCUUGCGGUGCGGACAAGUCAAUUAUGUUCAGAACGUUCCAGGGCAACAUUUUCCUGCGCGGCACAAAUACUUCCGGCAAAACAACAUUGUAUGACAUGGAAGUGGACUCAAAUGCCAAACACAUACUCACCGCCUGCCAAGAUCGCAAUAUACGCGUCUAUGGCACACAAAACGCCAAACACACAAAAACCUUCAAGGGUUCACACUCGGACGAGGGUAGUUUGAUUAAGCUCAGCCUCGAUCCCAGUGGCAUUUACGUGGCCACCUCGUGCACAGAUAAAACGCUUGCAGUCUACGAUUACUAUUCGAAUGAGUGCAUGGCACGCAUGUAUGGCCACAGUGAGUUGGUGACCGGGCUCAAAUUUACCAACGACUGUCGCCAUCUCAUUUCGGCCAGCGGUGAUGGCUGCAUUUUUGUGUGGCAAGUGCCACACGAUAUGAUUGUCACAAUGCAAGCGCGUCUCUCACAACAGCGGCUACGUUCUGGUCAUGCGCCGCUACCAGCACGACCCGGUUCGAUUAUUGCCACGCCGGAGGGUAUCAUAGUCGAGUCGCCAACACAUGAAAUGGAGGAAACGGCAACACCACACAAAUUCAUCGUAUCGCCGUCAAUGUUCACCGAGGAGCCGGCACUAACGCCGGGCUAUAAAUUCUCUGACGUCGGACAAUUACCGCAGUGGGCGAAACGAAAGGCUGCGGCGAAUGCAGAUGAGAGCGGUGGCGUCUCCAUACCUGGCUCAACCGUCUCUGCUAUGCAGUCUGCCUCGUCAACGUCCAAUUUGAGUUCAUCACCCAGCCAAUUAGGUGUUGGUGGUGUGCCGCGUGCGCGUGGCCGUUGGGCACAACGUGGCCCAUUUGACCCGGACGAUCUGCGUUCGAAUUCGGAAAGUCCUUUGGGCACUAUUUCGUCGAGUGGUGGUGGUAUGGGCGGCGUCGGCGGUGGUGUUGGUGUCGUUGUGAGUGUUGGUGGUAUGGGCAAUACACAAACAUCCGACUAUAAUAGCGCAUCGUCCAAGGACAUUAUGUAUAACCAGACUUACCUCAGCGAAGAUUCGUCAAUUGACUCCGGUAUGGAAACGCGUCGUGAAUUGAAGUUCAUAGGCAGCAAUAACAGUGGUACAGUGCCAACGGUGACCGGCAGUAAUGGUGGCACAGCGGCCAAUCGUUUGGCGCCUGAGAAACGCAAGCCCGGUUUGCGUUUCGAUCCACAAUCCAAUGAGCAUGAUGGCGAUGUUGAGGAUAUUUCGGAUGGCGAACGCACCAGUUCAGAUCACGGCAUGUUCUACAACAACAUAUCGCCCAGCACACCAACUGACUUCAAAGUGACCGCCAUGAAUGAGGAUGAACUGCGCAAGUCGAUGCGUAGACAGAAAUUCGAUAAAGUCGGUCUGACGUUACCCGGCAAUGGCAGCACACACACCGCCAGUACUGGCACCGGCACUGGCACCUCCGACACCGAAGACGAAGGCUCAACACCGAGCGCUGAGAAUGCCGAGCGUUCGCUGGCGUCCACCUUAGGUGGCAGUUCGGAAAGUAUACCACAAGCGACAAGCAGUUUCCUGCAGGCCGCCUUACCCGAGGGCCCUGGCAGCUUGCUAGAGCGUGGCAGCACAAAUCGACGCAGUAUUAGUGCCAAACAUAAUACAGAGAACGGUAAGCCUGUUUCCAGCGCGUCCACUAUCACGAAGUCGUUCACCAGCACGAAGAAGGACGAGCUGCUGAAGGUGAUCAGCGAAGUGAAACAGCAAUUGGAAAAUGGCGCACGUAAAAAUGGAGUUAAGAGGUUGAAUGCAAUACAGGAGGUUGGCUAUCGCUCACUGCGUGGCAGUCACAGUAUUUCGGAUCUAAGUCUAGCGGGUAAUAUGGAUAAUGCGUCGAGAUCGGCGGCCGCCGCUAACCGUUAUGCAAAGACAGCUCCUUUUAAUGAACCCCCACAGUACGCUAGCUAUUAUAAUUCCCCAUUGCAACAACAACAACGACAACAAACAUUAGCAACACAGCAACAGCAACAGAUGCCGCCACAAACACAACAAAUGUCUGCGCAACAACAAUUCCAAACUUCAUCACAAUAUCCAACUUAUCCACGUUCACCACUCCAACAAUCGUUUAGUCAAGAACAACAACAGCAACCACAACAUUUCUUCAAUUGCGCUGCAUCACGUUCGGUGCUGCAACAAAGCUGUCAAGCUAUGCGUCAAGUGCAACAACACUAUCCACCAUAUCCGCAUCAUGUUGGUGUACACCAAAUACAUCCACCGCCUGGCGUACCUUUCAUGGCGCCCAAUGCGCGCAACACCACAACGCGCACGCAAUCCCAACAUAGUAGCGGCAAACAGUCAGGCGCUUUCAAUAGCUCCACGCUGCCCGCGCAAGGUCAGCAUACGCGCGUCAAACGCAAUCCGGCGGGCAAUGCGCGUCGCACGCCAAGCAUACUGAAGCACUACAAGUCGUGUCCUGUAUCGCCGGUGCACGAGGAGGUCGAAUGGUCGGCGGAUAAUAAAAGCAGCAUUAUAAUAACCGAACCAAAGCGUCACUCGGUAUACGCGGAGGAUGCGCGCACCAUACUCGACAUGAUACAGGCCGAUACCGAGAAGAUGAUUGAAGAAAUACAGAAAAAGUAUGGUGAUCUGGAUGAUAUCGGUGUCGAUUUAUAUGAUGCCAAAUUGGGCGGACGUUACUCACAGCUUGUAGCAUCGCAAUCAGUGCCGUCUUGUCUUUCGCCACCUGUGUAUGCGGCAGGCAAGCAGCCGCCUAUAGCAGCGCGCACAGCUGGACCGCAUCUGACAUAUACGCUACCCUAUCAAAUGCCGUCGCCAGGCGCGGUGACACCACCAAAACGUGCCGUGUCCGAGUACUACAUCUAUCAGGAAUUCUAUCAGUGUCAUCGUAAUGUUUCACUCUCGGAUAUAUUGGCGCCCGAGCAGCAAGCAGAGACGCGUCGUAUCGAGGAAGCGCGUUUUCUCGAAACACAGCGGCACUCAAGCGCCAGCUUCUUUCUCACUUCACAGUUUGGCGAGCGCAAGAGUCAGGAAUCGCUACUUUCCGAUGAAUUUUUGGAUGAAGGCAGCUACUGCAAUAGCAUGGAGAGCAUACUCUCAGAUGAGAGCGAUUGUAAGAGCGCGCCUAUGGAAACGCAAGUGCAACGUCAUGCUGGCAUACGCAACUUCAUUUUGCAUGGACCGGUAAGCGCUGCGGCAGCCAACACCACACAGCUGGUGACCAAGUCGUACGGCUCGAGUCCGAAUGCUUAUGGCAGCUUUGAUUACUACAUGCAGCAGCGUAAUAUGCAGCAUUCGCCGUUACCUUAUGAGAGCUUUGAUGUGUCAAGCUACAAUUUAGAGAAUUUCAAAACCGAAAGUGUACGCACAAAAACGCCAAUAUUGCAAAAGAAACUGCCCAACUCGAAAACAUAUCCCCGAAUCGCUGAUUCGCCGCGAACAGUUGUCGGCAUUAAAGCGGAAGACAUACCGACGCUCAGCUCUAAGAACAAGCAAUACAAUUCGGGCGUCAACAAGAGUCUCAGUCAGGACUUUGCACAACAGCGUCUGCAACGCACCUCGAAUCCGCUACAAAUGGAACGCAACACUUACGAUGACAAGCUGUUUACUAAGAAAACGGUGAAACCGAAACCACCUGUGCCCGCAAAGCCGCAAAAUCUCGUUUCAACACUCACGUCUACUGUAGAGACGGCGCAUGCUAGCAGCGCACCCAGAGAUACAACACCUAAGUACUGCGCUUUCGAUGUGGACACCACAGAUGUGCGCUGUCAGUCGCGCACCGCCAGCGUCGUGCGUAAAUUCGAGCGCAACCUACAAAAAUUCGAGCGCGAAAAGCAAGCCGAGUUGCAAGCAAAAAAAGCGAGCGGUAUGCGCCCGUCUGUGAGCAGUGGCGCGCUUACCACACACAGUUGUUUGAAAAAAGUUUCGAAAUUCGAUACGAACGUCAAGAAUGUGGCGGCGUCGCGACGCGCCACAAGCAUGCGCACACGCGGCCGCCCUAAGGUAGCGGUGCGCUUCAAUACAGUCUCACAAAUUAAAUAUACGCCCAGCGAAAAGCGUUCGUCUUCAUGCAGCAGCGGCAGCACCGCGUCCGCUUACUCUGCCUGCGCGACAAUGGAGCGUGAAACAGGCACCACUGCAACGUGUCCGCUAAAUGACAUAAAUCGCAAUGUCGAAUCGCCACCGCCCAUUGUAGGCAGUCUGCCAAGCGAUUAUGGUGGCGAACGUUCCUUCGAAAUGUACAUAGCCGAAAAUGGUAAUGAACAUGAAAAUAUGAAUAUGGAUAGUUUGAAAUUAUACACAAAACCCGAACUGCAGGCGGUAGUCGACGAGAUACAGCAAGAGCGCGAGCGCGAUGCCAAGCAUAAAAAGAAUAUGGCCAAUGUGGAGAAGACAACUGCCGCCGACACGACCACCAGUAAUCAAUGUAAAAAUAUUGCUAAGAAAAUCGAUAUCAUACAAAAACUAAUCGAAAUGGAAGAGCGCAAGCUGGAGCAAAUACGCAUUGCCACCGAGUCGCGCAUGCGUCCCUUCGAAUGCAACUCCAAGCAGAAGGGUUAUGUGAAGAGUUUAACGAUGAAUUUCGAUAUGCUCGCCAAGGGUAUCGAAAAGGAUAUCGAGAAUGAGCAACGGCGCAUACGUGCCGAUAGUAAUGAUGCAGAUUUGUGCGCCUAUGCGCGCCACAUCAAGCGUAAUAUUAGUUUGCCUGAUGUGCUGGAGCGCACUGAUUUGUUCGGCAAGUCGCCGCCAGCUGCGCACUCCUCAUCGACAGAUGAGGAUGAAGUUGAGCUGGCGAAGGAGGUGAAGGCCGACUCGGAUGUGGAGGCAGCUGAAGAUGUGGUCGAACAUGAGAGCGAAAAGAUGCGCAUUGAUUUCGACGAAAAGGAUCGAGGUUUGCUGCGCAAUCCAAAGAGUCUUCUCCCAAUGCCAGCCGAAGACUCCUCUAUGCGGCGCUCUUGCUCACUUAGUGACUUGCAUAUGGGAAACCUUGGCAAAUCUGGUAAGACAAACGGGAGUCAAUUGAAAAAUCCGGGUGUGGUCUAUCGUAACAGUACAACAACAAGAUCGGCGAAUAAGCGCAAUAGUUUGCAGCUUAAGAGCUCUGCUGGAGGUUUGGGCGCAUCGAGUUCAUCAAUUGGUGUGCUAAAUCAAGCAAGCGAUUCUGAAAACGAAGACAGCAAUCGUGGCCGAAGCAGUGUCAACAACCAAAAUCGCAGCAAUGGUCCCACGGCUGCUAAUCGUCAGUAUGCCAACAAGAGUUCGAAUGCCAACAACAAUCGACGAAAAGGCUUACAGCCAAAUUUCAGUAACGCCGCGCCACAGCAAGACGAUUCCAGCUCCGAGGAGACACCCGCCGGUACGUCCAACUCCAAACCAAUAGUGCCACCACGCCCGCGCAAUUUAACCUUCGAUCAUAAGAGCAAAGUGCUCAAUAGUCCGAAUGUGAUGAAGCAGCGUGGCGCAUUUGAGGCGCCUGAAUUCGUCGCACUUGAUGGCAGUGAUCCAAAAUCACAAGUGCACAAUGUGAUCAACAAUUUGUAUACAACAACACAAACAGUCAUGCAACUGCAUGCUAAUCUUAAGAAUUGUGAGGAUUCACUCAUGCUAAAGGAACUGGAGAAUGCUGUGAUUAUGACACAAAAUAUGUUGACAAACAUUACACAAAAUAAAAAUACUAAGUUUUUGAAGGGUAUUAAUGAAAACAGGGAAUUUACUCUACACAAUAUCUUUGAUAACAGCAUAUUUGUACUUAAAAAAGUCCUUGUUCAAUUCAAUUGCCAAGGUUGCCAAAGCUCGACUUUUGUUGAGCAUUUAAGGAAAAACGACAAAAACAAUACACAACAUAGUCACGCCUACACAACCACUGAACAGGCGAAUCUAGACAAUGGCGACUACCUAAUGAUGGUGAACAAUUGCGCCGAUCUUUUAAGUAAUUUCCGUAUGAAGCACAAACUCGAUGACUGUGAGAAUAACUCCUAGUGUAGUUAUAUAAGCACUAGCAGCAGUGGCAGAGAAUCUAGCACAUAAAUCAAGAAAGAAGCAGAAAAGCGAAAAAUUUGCAGCACCAAAAUAGAAAUUGAUAAAUAAAUAAAAUAUAAAUGGCAGCCAAACUAAUAAGUGAAACUAACCGCAAGAAGCGUGAAAUGAAAGCGAGAAAGCAAGUGUCUGAAUGUGUCAACUCCAUUUUGGAGCGCUACUAAUAAGCAUACUAAUAAUAAUAAUAAUACUAAAACUAAUGAUUUAUGUAAGCAAAAUAAAUUUUUAGCAAUAUGUCCUUAGAAUUUGUAAGCGAAACAUUGCAGUGCGUUGUUUGUGUAGUUGUAAACUUUAAUUAAUUUCACUUCAACUAAAGCGCUGUAAUUGUAACAAGACACCAACAAGCAACUAAUAUUUAACAAAUAGAAAACUAAAAAUAAUACAAAAUAAGCUUAAAAAUAUAAGUGAAAAGCAUAAUUUAAGGCGCACAUGCGCGCUGUGCAAAAACUAAAAGCGAGCAUAAUAAAAAAAACGUGAUUUGCUUAACACACACACACACAUACAUACUUAUAAACUGGCUUGCAAACAAAAAGGGAAACGUUGUGUUUCGUUUAUUUUUUUUUUUAAUGGAAUAAAUAACCAACUAAAUCUUUUGCAAAGUAAAUGUUAUAUUCUGCCUUAUUUAAUUGCACACACACAGACACGCAUACACGUGCAUAAUAGUACGGUUGUUGUUUGGUAGAAAUGUCCACGUACGCAAUGGCUUAGUGAGUUUGUAAUUUGUUUGUUAAGUUUGCCGCAGUUAUAUGUAUUUGUAAGUUUUGUUAAGCGUUUAAACUUAAGUUUAAUGCUAUUUAGUUAAAUGUAUGCUGUAAUGCACACAUACAUAUUUGUAGUAUAUGGAAUGUUUAUACAAAUAACGAUGUGUGUUUAGAAUUUACAGUUCGCUUAGCGCCGUUUAGCCAAUUUCUGCUGGCUGUAUACAGUGCCCAUCACACACACACACAACUACACAAUUAAGUGCGAUUACGGUUAAUUUCUGAUUUGUGUUAAUUGCCUUUACACUUUUGUGACUAAGUUAAGUUUAAGUGUAUAAUUGAAAUUUGCUUUACAAGCCGUGGGAAGUCAUACUCAAUUGUACGAUAUGUGAAUGCUAUGAAAUAUAAAUGAGAAAAAGAAAAAAACCAUUGAAGAAAACUGAGCAAAACGUUAAACGUCAUUUGUGGAAAAGACAAAUUUUCGAAGUAAAAAAUAUUGAGCAGGAAAUUUUUGAAAAAGCUAAUUUCAUAGAAACGGGCAAUGAAUAUUUUUACCUACAUAACUAGAAGACAGGAAAAAUCAAAGAAUAAAUAAAAAAAUAAAAUUUUCAAAUAUUAGCAGCUGAUGUAGUUGGCAGUCUCAAAAAAUUGUCACGCGACCAUACCCACGAAUUCAACCUUUCUAGCUAUCUGAAACACCAAAAAAAAGUAUAUUAAUCCAGAAUAAUGUCGCAAUGUCUGAUUCUACGGAAAAGUUGGAAAAAAAAUUUUCACAAAAUGGCACCUAACUGAAAAACAAAAAAAAAUUUUGUACCACUUUUUUUGACUGUUUUAAAAAUAGUAAAAAUUGAAAUUUGGGAUUAUGGAUCUAGAGAUAGAUAUAGAAUAUAAAGAAAACUCUCUAAAAAUGUCUGGUAAAUCGCUCCAUUAGAACCUGAGAAAUCGCGGUUAUCGUUUUGAAAAGACAGUUUCUAGAAAACGCGUUUAAAGUGUCAGUUGCGGCCGAAACAGUUUGAAUGCCGCGUUAGCAAAACACCUUUGAAUAUCGCUGAAAAUAAUUUGAAUUUUGAAAAAUGCGCUUUUAGCUAUAUUCUUGAAAAGUUAAACUUUGAAAAUAUAAAAAAAUCGACUUUUUGUUUAUUUCUUGACUAGAAUAUUCCCGUAAAACGCUUUCAGUGCUAUAUAUAAAAUUACAAGCAUAUUGUUUAUUAUUAUUAUUAUUAUUGUUUUUUUUUUUUUUUGCAGCAGCUUUUUUUGUUGCUCUCUAGUCUUUUCCGAAAAUUCCUUUACGCUCGCUAACCACCAUUAGUAAUACCUGCUCAUUAACAUUUCAAAGUAUAUGAUUUAUUUUUUUCUUGAUAUACUUAGCACACAAACAAUUUUAAAGCUUCCCACAGCAAUUGAAGCCAAUUAAUUUGGAAAAACAAUGCAAACCGAAAUCUUAAAUUCAUUUCAGCUGCCAAAAUUACAACAAAAAAGAACAGUAAAGCGUCACUACGCAAGGGUUUCCAUUUACGAUUUACCAAUUACAAUUAAACUAAAUAAUUUUAUUAUAAAUAUUAUAUUAUAUGUAUAAUUAUAACUCCUAUGAAUAUAGUAAAUCGUAUUGUAGCGUUUAUUAAUAUUUAUAUAUAGUAUAUAAUUUAUACAUAAACAAAUGAUUGUAAUGAUAAUUAUUAUUAUCCAUUAGACUUCAGCCAACAAUUUAACCAUUUACUAUAAUCAUAUAUAAUUAAAAUAAUAGCAAGCUAACAACAACAAAAAGCAACAAAACAUGUUUGCUUAGUCUUUAAACUAAAUUAAUCUAAUUAAUAUUCACUAACUUUACUUAAUACAAGAGCCACAAUACUUUGUAUUAUACAACAAUGAUUAGCGUAACACACAUACAUAUAUACACAUAUACAUACAUACAUACCUACACAAAGCUAACCAUUUCGUUUAAUUACUAAAUUAGGCUGCGUGGUGAAAACAAAAAUUAUAAUAAUUAAGCAAACAAAGCUAAGUUGUAUUGUAAUCCUAAUGAAAAGACAUUAACUAAAAUAAUAACUAAUAAUAAUGCAAUACAAAUAACAAAAAAAUAUGGUACCAAUAAAAUAUAAAUACUUAUUUUGAGAAAACAAUUUAAAUUUUCAUUUUUUAUUUAUAAUUUUUUCUUUAUUAUUUACUGCUUUGCGCGCAAGAAUAAUUGCAAUCUAUGCAAAACUGACAAACAAACAUACUCUAAUUCAGCAUACAUCAAAUAUAACAAUAUUUUUGACAUACAAUUAAAUCUACAAUUUAAGCGCAAAAGCUGCACAUAUCUAUUUGGUUUUCUGUUUGGUAAUUUACAAAAUAUGAAACCGAAAUUGCAGUAAAUUAGCAAAUAUGUCGAUAGCUACAUAAUCCAGCAACAUAACCUGACAAAUUACGCGGCUGCUAAGCGCUUAACAGCGAUUUAAAAAAAAAAAAAAAUAGCUAUUAUAUAUUUCUUGCUAAUCUAACGCUAAAGGUAUUAACACAUUUUAAACAUGCAUACAUUUAUUAGAAGCGUCAAGCUUUGUACUUUCCAAUGUCAGCUCGUUCAUCGAAAUCGGUCCAUAAUUGUAGAAAUUAUAAGCUUUUAAAGAAAUAUCUGAUCCCUACUCGCUGUUUCUGGGUGCCUGGUAGCUCUGCAGCAAAUUUCCCACAAAAUCAACACUUUCUCGGCCACUGUUUGCCGGAUGGCAAAAAUUUAACAUAAGCUUAGGAGCAGUAUGAAGGAAUAUUGAAAAAUAUAUUUCCGCUGACAGCUGCCUGUGAUUGCUGGGUUCCUGGUAGCCAACCGGCGAUUUGUCUACUAAAUUGAAUUUUGUCGACCACUAUCUUUAAACCACUAAAUUUAAAUCCAGGAUUAUAGUAUAAGCUCAGGGGCAGGAAGCAAAAUAUUGAGGAAAAUAUUUCCUGCACCUACUGCCUGGUAUUUCUGGGCGCCUAGUAACGAACCAGCGAUUAGCCCACUAAAAUAAUAAUUUUGCCGGGCCCUGGUGAACCGGAUGGGAAAAAUUUAAAUCCAGGAUUGUAGUAUAAGCUCAGGGGCAGGAAACAAAAUAUCCAGAAAAUAUUUCCGGCACUCACUGCCUGCUAUUUCUGGGCGCCUAGUAGCCAAUAUAUUACGUACUAAAAUCCAAUUUUUCCGAGCCAUCGGUCGAACGGAUGAAGAAAAUUUCAAUGCAGGAAUGAAGUAUAUGACAUAAAAUAUCGGAAAAAAUAUAUAUUUAUUUUUCUGCCAGUCAUUUGACAGCUUUUCAGAGAAAAUCUUCCAACAUAGGAAUUAAUUAGCUUGUGAAUAAAACAAAUAAUCCAUCCAUACACAUACAUACAUAGAGAAAUAUGUUUGUACGCUUGCUGUGUUCAUUAAUUAGCCAAAUUUUAAACAUUAAAAUUAAAAUAUAUGUAUGUAGAUGUAUGUCCAUGCAUAUAUACAUAUUGAUUUUAUUAAUGGUAGUAAAUUAUGUGCCUGAAUUGUUUUGCGUGUCGAAGCUUACAAUAUUUUGCUAGAGCUUAGAAUUUAGUAAAAUUUUUGUUGCAGUAUACAUAAAUACAUAUAUUAUAUAUAAUAUAUAAUGUAUUAUUAUAAUAUAUAAUGUACAUCAUUAUACAUAUAUGCCAGCAUAAACAUAUGGUAUGAAUUUUAUUUUAAUUAAAAAAAUAUUUUUGCAUAACUUAGAUACAUACAAUGACAUAUAUAUUUUAAUCUAAUAAAUUUACUUCAUUUAACAUUAGCUUUUGUAACAACACAAAAAUUCAAACAAAUUUAAAAACCAAAAGAAACAGUAAAUUUUUUAUUUUCAUUUUAAAAUAAUAUAUUUUUACCAACACAAAAUAUCCCGAAGAGAACAAAUUGCAUUUAUUGAAUAUAUAUAAUUCCCUUGUGUAUAGUAUUGAUGUUGUCAAAGUGAAAAUAUGUCCAUACAUAUGUAUGUAGGUGUGAAAGACUAACGGAGAGGAAAAGAGAAAAUAAUAAUAAACUCAAAAUAUUUUUGCACUUAAGAAACCAUACCAGCACAAAACUUAUGUAAAUGAGAAAAGAGAAUUUAAA